ACUCACUUCAACAAUCGCUCCUGCACCUGACUCUUCUCCUAUUACUGAGUGGACUAGGAGCUCUCCGACAAGUGAAUCUAGCAGAUCGAAAUGCAGCGUUUAUGGACUUGCAUUAUUGAGAUCCUUCGCGCCGGGAGGCACUGCAGUGUUUAGUGUCGAGGAAUCCCAUCGGACUGUCUCCAUGCAGAUGACCAGUGAUGGCCACGACGGCCGACCCAUUAGAAGAAUCAGUUGAUGAAGUGGUGAAUGAGCACAUUUUUAACUCCUUCGAGAGGAUCAUUUUGACAUUCUUCCUGGCAUCUAUUAUCAUCAUGACUGUUCUUGGUAACCUGCUGGUGAUGGUGGCUUUGUCAAGGGACAGGCAGCUGAGGAAGAAGAAGACCAACUACUUCAUUGUCUCCCUGGCAUUCGCAGACCUCCUGGUGGCUCUUUUAGUGAUGCCGUUUGCAGCGAUAGAGCUCAUCACCGGCCACUGGAGUUAUGGAGAGACGUUCUGCCUUGUGCGCACCUCACUGGAUGUGCUGCUUACCACAGCAUCAAUACUGCACCUGUGCUGCAUUGCCCUAGACAGGUACUAUGCAAUCUGCUGCCAACCGCUGGUCUACAGGAACAAGAUGACGCCUGUGAAAGUGUCCCUGAUGCUGGGGGGGUGUUGGGUUAUACCCUUGUUCAUCUCCUUCCUCCCCAUCAUGCAGAACUGGAACAUCAUUGGCAUUGAGGAAAUUAUUGAGGAGAGGAAGCUCAGCCACAGUUCAAACAGGACAUCCUGCAUAUUCAUGGUGAACCGGCCUUAUGCCCUUGUUUGCUCUGCCGUAGCCUUCUAUGUGCCUCUGGGGUUGAUGAUCCUCGCCUAUCAGCGAAUCUAUGUGACGGCUAUGGAGCACGCUCGGCAGAUCCGGAUCUUGCAUCGCGCCGGAUCCACUCCCAUAUCCUCUUACUACAGUCACGAACACCCCGGCUCUAGCCGCAUGAAGAUCGAGACCAAGGCAGCCAAGACUCUGGCAGUCAUCAUGGGCUGCUUUUGCCUGUGCUGGGCACCAUUUUUCAUCACUAACGUGUUGGACCCAUUUAUCCAGUACAGCGUACCAUGGCAGAUGUGGACCACAUGGCUGUGGCUGGGAUACAUUAACUCAGGCUUAAACCCAUUCCUCUAUGCUUUUCUGAACCGGGCUUUUCGACGAGCUUUCCUCAUGAUUCUGUGCUGCGGGGACCUGCGCUAUGCCCGGCAGGGGAGCUUUAGCCCAAGUAGACCUUGCUCAGCAUCAGUAAACGGAACAUCCAUUGCACUCAGGAGCACUUAUAUCGAGGUGCCAUCUCCAGUUCUGCCGGAGCUCCUGGCACACAGAUUUAAUGGGCAGGCCCAUAAUAAUAGGUUGUCAUUUCUUCCGAACAGUAACUACAGUGACAACAGCAAGCGAAUCCUUUCGAGUGAACAGGAAUCUCUGGAUUCUGCUGGUGUUUUCUAACAAAAGACAGCACAAAACUACAGAUGGCAGCAACCUGUUACUACAAACCAGCAUCAGCUCUUAGGUGGAAGACAUGACUUCUUCAGAUAUGCCUGAGAUUCUCCAGUGCUCAAAUACACAUAGAUUUUUGACUUUUUGUGCCUAACCUGGCGUUGAAUCACUCGUUGUUUUGCUCAGGUCAUGGUAAAGGGUAAGCCAAGCACAACAGCACAUAAGAAAGCAGAGAUAAUUAGCCGUAAAUCUAAUUACAUGAAGAAAAAAGGACAAAUGCAAAAACACACAAAAAAAUAGCUGACCUCUCCUUGACCCUAUGUCAUUUCUAAGUGGCUGCAAGGAGCACUGACCUUUCCAUUCCUUUUAUGGAACUGACACUGUCAAGCUGUAAUUGUUGAAAAAUAAUUACAAGCAAAUUCCUUAUGUCCCAUUAUCUAGGUGAGCUACAUGGCUUGCUCUUAGACUAUUUAAAGAUAAAUGUACACAAUUUUCCUCAUACCCCAAAAACAAACCGUUUAAGAGUGUGAAAUUUUGCACCGGAUCUAAAAGUAUACCACACACAAAACGUCUUGAUCAGUGCCUCAAGCAGACAUUACAUAGUUUCUGACAUUGUAGGAAUGCAAAACAUUUAUACAAUGCUAACUUGACAUAAAUGAGCUUCCUCCAGCUACACAAAGCUGCUUUCACAUUUAACAUUGUUUAAAAAUUGCUGCUUAAACAUUGUGCACACUGUAAACAUGACAACACUCUUCUAUACAUGCCUAGUAUGAACAUUUAAGAAAACACACCAAGUGUGAAUGCAGAUUUAAUCUUAUAGCUCGGGUGCAAAAUGAUCAUUUAGACACCAAAUAUGUUAAAUCCAAAUUUGGGUAAGGGGAACAUCGUGUACAUUUAAAUUGUUGCUGAACUGUUCUUUGAAGCUCAGAUUUUCUGAUCAACAUGCUGAGUAUCAGCUUGUGUUAGAUCCACAUUUUCACCUUGGAUAGAUUGCUCUAUUUAUUUUCAUGUACAGUUGUGGCUUCAGGAAUAAGGAGCAAUGACUUGUCACCGUGUGACAUUUCUUAUUGUACCUUCUUGUAUUGUCUAAUAUGUGUUUAAAUAUGGUUUCAAAUGUGCCUGUGGGACAGAAGUGUAGAAGUUUUGUUAAAAAAAAGAAAAGAAAA